AGCCAUUUGGGCUCAAGGCUGACUCGAGCACGAGGCUCAGCGUCACCACCCCCGCCAGCCUUCGGCUGCCCCGCAGCCCCACCCCAAGAUGGCGAGGCUCGUGCGGUCGUGCCUGCUGGCCGCGGCGGCCUACGCGGCCCUCGCCGCCCUCGCGGCACUCCGGGCACCGACCUCGGCUGCCUUCCUCGCGGCCGCCCCGGCCACGGGCCGACGCGAGGCGCUGCAGGUGGCUGCCGCGGCGGCGGCGGCGCUGGGAGGGCAGGCCGCGCUGGCGGACUUCCAGGGCGAGCCCGUCACUUGCAUGAAGCGGUAUGGCCCCGCCAUCAUCAAGCUGCAGAGCGCCGUGGAGUCCGGGGACAUGAAGUCCGUCCUGGCCAAGGAGAACAAGUUCAAGAUGCUCAACACGUACUGGCGCAACCAGCCGAAGGACUUCGCGCAGCAGACCGAGAUCUCCGAGGACCUCCUGGACGCCGCCGCGGACGGCCAAACAGACAAGGUGAAGACGCUUUACGCCAAGUACAUGGAGAAGUCGGAGCUGAAGUCUUUUGCCAACCUGCCUCCGGCCAGGCAGUACCACAUGACGAACCGCGACGCUUCCAUGGGUAAGCGCUGAUGCAGGAAUGCAUGAAGUAUCAUGGCAAGUAUAUUUUGGAGCGUUUUUAGAGAUGAGCGUCUUGAAACGGCCCUCGCUUCGCAACGAGCAUCG